AGGUCAUGUGCGCUUACAUGUCCAGAAUAUUACAUUGAAAACUGACUCAGACCUGUUAAAACAAAGGAAACAGAGUGAAGAGAAUCACAUUGCUUUGGUCCUGGAGUUUGUACAAGCUGUUAUUGACUCAGAAGGCUCAAGGACUGAGAGGAGUCACAUUCAAACUGAGCUCUCUCCAGAGGACAAAAACCUACUUCAACCUGCAACAUGCCCUACUCAUUUGACUGGGUUUGCAAGGACGUGGUCAGAAAACUUCAAGGAAAAGAUUUGAAUCCCGUCACCCGUCUGUCAGAUGCAAAGAAGUUCCAACAGUUUGCAAUACUGCAGAGGACUCCUCAGUCCCUGUUUUGGAAAUCUGAAGAUACUCCAGUUGGAUAUUCCCUCCUGCAGAUCUUAGAGCCAAAUCUUCCAGUUCCAGAGCCUGAGGUGUCAGCUCCCAUCCCCCUCAAACACACUGUGUCCCAGAAACUGAAGGCUAACACGGGGGUCAACGCCAUCGCAGAAGGAAGUGUGUCCGCAGCUUAUGCUAAGUCCUGUGGAUAUGAAAUUGAGGUUCGGUGUACCAGCAUCCCAGAUUCAAACCUGGAAAGUCUUCAAAACAGGAAACUUCUGGAUAAGGAGCCAUCGUUUGUGAAGGAUUGCCGGAUGGGAAGGAAGGACCUGUAUGUGGUGACAGAGGCCUUUGAAGUGACCAAGGACACUGUGCUGGAAGGCAGUAGCAGUGUCGACCUGUCAGGAAAAGCGCUCAUCCCCCAGGUUGCCAAGGCUCAAGCCCAGGGACAGUGGCAAAGGGAGACAACGGAUUCAGUGCCUAUCCAAAAAGGGGCAGUGGUGGCCUACAAGAAGAAGCAACUUGUCAUUGAGAAUGACACUUGUGCCAUUCUCCUUUUCGCCAAAGCUAAGAAGAAAAACUUUCUAGGUAUGCUACCUAGGAUACUAAAAGGUUCCACUGCCUCAGACAAGAGUGAGGUAUGCUAUUCUGCAUAUUCUCUGAUAGGUAUGUCUUUUUUGGACAGGAUCUCCUGGGAAUGGAUUUAUCAUACGAAAUUUCUCAUAAAAGUAGAAUUGCAAGGUGAAAAGCAAGGGUGGAUGGAGGAGCUGGGAAGGUUCGAGUUGAAGAAUUGCUCUCACUUUCUGAUUGGUUUUUUCAAGUUGCUGUCAAUUUGUGCAGAUUUCAAGCGCCUACAAAAUGAGGUUUCCCAGAUAACACAGGAACUGGCCAUGCUUCCAAAGGAUGUUCAAGAAAUUGUGUUCUCUAACCUUCAGAGCAUGCUUAGUAACAGGGAGAAUCUGAAUGACCUGCUUAGCAUGCUGGAACUGGAUCAGUUGGGGCAUGUGGAUGGCCCAGGUGGUGCAAUCCUAGAUCAGUUGCGACAGGACUCCAUACCCCCAUGGAUUGACCUCAGGAACCUCCUUCUUUAUCUCCUUCAAGCCCUAAUGGAGCUGAGUGAUACCCAACUCAAUCUGCUGGCCCUGUCUAUGGAGAAGAGGCUCCUCCUCCAUCAACGAGAGCUGGUAAAGAGCAUCUUGCAGCCGAACUUCAAGUAUCCCUGGAACAUCCCCUUCACUCUCCAGCCUCAGCUUCUUGCCCCACUCGAGGGUGAGGGCUUGACCAUUACUUAUGAAUUGCUGAUGGAGUGUGGUCUGGAGAUGGAGCCGAAUAAUCCCAGGUCAACUUGGGAUCUGGAAGCCAAGAUGCCCCUGUCUGCCCUUUAUGGGAGCCUGUCAUUUCUGCAGCAACUUGUAGAAGCCUAAAUCUCCCUCAAAGCCUGGCCCCAGCCCAGUCCAUACUAAGUCCAGGAUACAUUUGAGAUAUGGUACCAUGGCAUCCAUGGAAGUGAUGAUUUCUGUGCAUGUUCUAGGUGGUAGGAAAAGGGUGCUAAGUGUUCUUCUUUUGAUAUUACUAAUCAUUCAUAUUAAUGUAAAUAAUCUAUCCUGAUUAUAUUCUUCUCUCCCAUUGUCCUUUUUAAAUUUACUAAUUAUGUAUACAGCAUUCUGCUUGCAUAUACCCCUGCAGACCAGAAAAGGGCACCAGGUCUUAUUAUAGAUGGUUUUGAGCCACCAUGUUGUUGCUGGUAAUUGAACCAGGAUCUCUGAAACAACAGUCAGUGCUCUUAACCUCUGAGCCAUCUUUUUAGCCCCAGAGGCUACACUGCUGAGGAAUGUGACUCCCUCCUCCCCAGCAGCAUCAAUUGCCUACAGUGUCUGAGGGAAGUGUUGAGCCUUAUUGGCCCCUCCUCUAUCAGUGAUGGAAUGUUAACAGGUCUGGGCUCUCUUGGUAAUGUCCAGGUAGCCAUUGCUACUGUAAGUUUAUGAGUCUAAUAGGCAUGCCCUAUCCUUGCCAUGUCUAUAAGAAAGUUUGCUGGUGUUUGUUAAAACUCCUCAAAUUGUAGGCUAAAGAUGGCAACAUUUUCCCCUAUAUAAAAUAAAAUAAAUGUUAGUAUUACUUAAUUGUGUUCAUUUUUGAGUAGUUUUGAGUGAAAGGUGCUGAUGUCAGUGACUUUGGAAUGCAUCAGAAAUAAAUUGGGGAUAUUUUUAGUCUGGAGUUAUCUGAAACACUCUCAAUUAAGGAUGGCC